CCAGACCUUACUCAGAGAGGCAAGUCCAACGUCCUAGCACAAGGAUCGUUUAUUCGAGUUCUUACGGUAAUCGAAUUGGAUCUCUAAAAACGCAAGUGAGAUACGCUGUCACGAGGACGGGAUGGUAAUGGGUCCCUUUUUUUUCUCCCGGUCAUUGGGAUUGGCGUUUAAUGAUAUGUUUCACGGUUGGCUUCUAUUCCGAUCGUCACCACUUGGUAUUUUUUUUUUCUUCUCGGUCAUAGAGGACUGGCGUUGAACGAGAUGGUUCCUCAAUUGGUUUCUGUUCCAAUCAUCACUGCUUGGUAUUUUUUUUUUCCUCUUCUGUCCCAUAGAGAGACUGCAAUAAAUGAUAUGGUUCCGGCCGUCUAUACCGUGAACCAAAUAA